UAGCGAACCGUGGGGAAGUUUGAGAAACAAGCAGACGUGAAUGAUAGAGUGCUGUGCGCUUGUGGACGGACAGGUCUCACUAUAAAACAUGAAAUAGGUUCAGGUGCGUUGCUUUCAAGUGAACCAUUCCGUCAAUUUAUUCCGCUACUAAUCAAUCAAUCUCACUAACAAAUAGAACAAAUAUAAUAUCUGUGGAAGGAGAAAAACAACGCACUUCAGGUUCAUAGGAGAACAUUUUAAAACAAUUGGUUAAAGCUAGACGUGCAAACUAAUAACUGGCGGCCUUAUUAUAUUUCUUAAACCGCACUUAUUAGAAAUAUUGAACAUUGGGGAACUUCACACAAAACAAUUUCUUGGGAGAGUUCAACGCUGUUGACUCGAACCGAUGACCGAGGCUACUUCUUUAAAGGGGCAUUGGAAGUGAAGCUCCAAUCAAACUUGGCACUUCAGGACUGUUGCAGAAGAGAGCUUUAAGCUUUCAGAAAGAAUUUCCUUUUGAAGAAAAGGGCGAUUUGACCAAGAGCACCAAGGAUAUAGAUGUUCAUCUUUUGGCAGUCCUUCCUAAAGUUUCAGAAUUGAGGAAGAGGUUUGAGAACAGCUCAGGCGAUUUGGAAAUGAACAGGAAGGAGAGGAUCGCCCGCCGUCUGGAGGGCAUCGAGGGCGAUGUGCAGCCCGCCCUGCUGCCCACCUGCGCUGGCCUGGUCACCAACCGGCUGCUGGAGGAGGACACCCCGCGAUACACGCGCGCGUCUGACCCCUGCGACCCCUGCGCGGUCCCAGGCCGUCAGUAUGGCAGGGAGGACGCGGAGAGCCCGGAGAUCCAGGCGGCUUCCACGGAGCGGCAGUCCCGCGCGCGGUGCCGCACCGAGCCUCAGGCCUUCCACGGCGACCCCGCGUACGGCGCCGACGCGGCAGGCCUGGAGUCCAAGGCGGAGCGGAUCGCCCGCUACAAGGCGGAGCGCCGCCGGCAGCUAGCCGAGCGCUACGGCAUCUCCCUGGACCAGGAAGCGGACUGCGCGUAUCGCCACGCCCGAGCGCACCGGGAGCCGGACCCGUCGGAGAGGCACCGGGGGCAGGAGGAGGAGGAGGACCGGCGGGGGGAGGACCUCGUCCGGGAGACGCAGGACGGCUUCUCCGAACGCGAGAGGCUGCUGAACCUGGAGAACUUCAGGCGGGCCCAGGACCGGGGCCUCAGAGCCAGCCCCCCCGACCAGCCGUCCUACAUGGACGUCUCCGCCUACGCCAGAACCCCGGCCAAGGACUUCACCGUCGCCGGGGUGCCGCGCUACUCCCCCGAGGCGGGGCGCCGGUCCUCCCUGCCCUCCCCAAAACACGCCGCUUCUGCCGGGGACCUGUUCAUUGAGCAGCAGCCCCACAGCGUCCUGCACAGACAGGGGUCCUGCUUGAGUCCUGUGCUCCCGACCGAAGCUCUCACCACCUGGAGCAGUUGUGAUAUUGCGGUUGAGUUUCAAACGGAUGAAGAGAAGCUGGAUGAGAGAGCCAAGCUCAGUGUGGCAGCCAAGAGGUCCCUCUUCAGGGAGCUGGAGAAGACCACCUCUGUGGGAGCCCCUAAACCUCGCUCCCGUAACGCGGCUGUGGAGAGGCGGCUCAGGCGCACCCAGGACCGCUCCCGCACCCAGCCCGUCACCACCGAGGAGGUGGUCAUCGCCGCCACAGCCCCCUCCUCGUCCUCGCGCGCGGGGGCGGCCCUCACGGCGGCGUCGCGCCUCCCUAGCCCCGCUGUAGUCAGCAGCGCCCUGUCGCCGCUCAGUCUGCAGGCCACUUCCCAGCAUGCAUCAGUAGCUCGGGAGAAGGCCCGCGAGGCCCGGGAAGCCCAGGAGGCCCGGGAGGCGCAGCAGGGGCGGAGUUCCCUCGUCCCGUCCGAGGAGGGCCAGGAGGAGCCUGACCUCUGCACCCUCAGCUUGGCCGAAAAGAUGGCGCUCUUCAACCGCCUGGCGCAGCCCCCCACCAAGGUGACCCGGACCCGGGCAGACACCCGGCUGCGCAGGAACAACGCCCGCUACCAGACCCAGCCCAUCACCCUGGGAGAGGUGGAGCAGCUGCAGCACGAAGGAGGACACAAGUUUGGGCUCCUCUCCGCAGCAGCAGCGACGCCCAGCUCCUCUGCGGUCACCACGGUCUCCACAGCCCACGCCGGAGACAUCCACCUGGGCCGGUCUACGGUCCUGAUGGACGCCACCCCGCAGUCCAGCCCCCUUUACUACGAGAGGGCCACGCCCAAGCACCACAGCUCCACCCCCAGCCCGGACGCGGGCGCGAAGGGCUCCCCGCUUCCCCCGGAGCAGCUCCAGUACGCCGCCCAUCAGCAGGCGGAGCCUCGAGCCUUUCACAGAUAUGCGGGGGCGGGGCCUGGGGAGUGGCCCGGGGAAGCGGCGAUCGACGGCGGCGGCGGCGGCAAGCGGAAGCUGCCCUCCCCGGAGGGGGACGUCCAGCAGCCGUCGCUGCCCCAGCCCGGCCGCGAAGCGGACGAGGACCCCCGCGUCCCGAGGCGCGGCAGCCCCCCGUCUGGGGGGCGGGGCCGGGGCGAGAGCGCGCGCGCCCUGCAGAAGGCCGAGAGCGCCGUUUUCGAGGAGAGGGCGGAGCGCUGGGGCCCCCUGAGGGAGACGCGGUCCUCGCACGAGCUCUACGAGGCCGAGGGCGUGCCGAGGAGCAGGCCCGCCUCCUCAGAGCUGCCAGAGGCCAGUGUCUCGGCGAGCGAGGCGGCGGUGAGGAGCGUCCCUCUCUCUCAGGCUCCCCGUGCGCUCUCUCCUCUCCGGCUGAGCGGGGACGACGACCUCGUCCUCCUCGACCAGCACAGCCCCCCAGAGCCCGACGACCCGGACGACACCAUGUCCGCGCGCCAGAUGUCCAUCAAAGAGAGGCUGGCUCUGCUGAGGAAGAGCGGUGAGGAAGACUGGAGGAACCGCAUCAAUAAGAAGCCGGAGGUGGCGAAGGAGGGGGUGGCCGAACUCCGCGCACAGCUGUGGGACGUGGAGCAGAGCUUCAAGAAGAAGGAGGAAACGAUGAUAAUUGACGAUCUUCAGUGGGAGCCCGUUUAUGCUUCAACCUACUCCCCUCCUCCAGUGUCUGCUGGGAAUAUAUGUCAAUAUAUUGAUCCUUAUAACCAGGCCAGUUCCCUCAGUGCUAGCGAGUGCUGCCCCCUGCAGGUGGAUGAGCGUCACCCGUGGAGACUGAAGAGGAUAGGAGAGGACCUCGAAGCUCAGAUGACCAUCGAGGAGAGGAAGAAGCUGAUCACCGCCCGGGAGGACGCCUGGAAGAGCCGGGGCAGGGGGGCGGCCAACGACUCCACCCAGUUCACGGUGGCCGCCCGAAUGGUGAAGAAAGGUCUCGCGGCUCCUUCUGCUAUCUGCCCCGUGCUCUCCCCUGUGUCCUCCAAAACCAAGACCAGCACGCCAGCAGUCUCCAAGCCCCAAGAAGAAAUUGAAGCCAGGCCAGAUAUGAAUCUGGAGUCUGACAGGAAGCUCGAUAAGCUGGAGUCCUUCUUGGGAAAGAUUAAUAGUAAAGUGUCUGGUGUGCAGGACGCCACUGUGACGGUGACGGAAAAGACCGUCAAGGAAGUGAUGAAGCUGGACGACGAGAUCUUCUCCAAAUUCUACAGCCAGGUGGACGACUUGCCUCACCUUUCCAGCAAGAUCGAGAUCGAUGACGACUUUGAUGCCAUCUUCGGUUCCCAGACGCCCAAGUUGCCCUCGGCCGGGGUGCAGCACAAGCUGGCGGUGCGGCCGGCCCGGAACGUUCAGUGCUCCAGGAACCCCCUGAAGAUGCUGGCGGCCCGGGAGGACAUCCGCCACGAGUACACGGAGCAGCGGCUGAACGUGGGCCUGCUGGAGUCCAAGAGGAUGAAGGCAGAGAAGAUGAGUAAGAACUCUGGCUACUCCCAGGUGGCCCUGGCUGGCCUGGCCAGUAAGGAGAACUUCAGCAGUGUCAGCCUGCGCAGCGUCAACGUCUCAGAGCAGACGUCCAACAACAGCGCGGUGCCCUACAAGAAGCUGAUGCUCAUGCAGGUCAAAGGCCGACGCCAUGUCCAGACCAGGCUAGUGGAGCCCCGAGCCUCGUCCCUGAACAGCGGAGACUGCUUCCUCCUGGUCACGCCCCACUACUGCUUCAUCUGGGUUGGAGAGUUUGCCAACGUCAUAGAGAAAGCUAAAGCCUCUGAGCUGGCCACCUUCAUUCAGACCAAGCGGGACCUGGGCUGCAGAGCCAACUACGUGCAGAUCAUUGAGGAAGGGAUCAACACACACAGUCACGCAGCCAAAGACUUCUGGAAGAUUCUCGGCGGGCAGACCAGCUACCAGUCCGCCGGAACGCCCGACGAGGACGAGCUGUACGAGAGCGCCAUCGUGGAGACCAACUGCAUCUACCGCCUCGUGGAGGACAAGCUCGUCCCUGACGACGACUUUUGGGGGAAAGUCCCCCGUUGCACCCUUCUCAACUCCGGAGAGGUGCUGGUGUUUGACUUUGGCAGCGAGGUGUAUGUGUGGCACGGGAAAGAGGUGACGUUGGCCCAGAGGAAGGUGGCCUUCCAGCUGGCCAAGCACCUGUGGAACGGCACCUUUGACUACACCAACUGUGACAUCAACCCACUGGACCCGGGAGAGUGCAAUUCUCUCAUACCCAGGAAAGGUCACGGUCGUCCGGACUGGGCGGUGUUCGGCCGGCUGACGGAGCACAACGAGACCACCCUGUUCAAAGAGAAGUUUUUGGACUGGACGGAGGCGAAGAAGUCUCCUCCGAAGAACGGCACCGAGCACGUGUCCGAGCUCAGGGAGCAGAUGCAGGGUAAUGAGAACCGCCCGUACGACGCCACGCUGAUGAUCCCCCUGCUGCAGAAGGCGGUGAACACCGUGCUGGACGGCGUGGACGUGGGGCGGGGCUACGGGCUGGUGGAGGGCGACGAGUGCCGGCGCUUUGAGAUCAGCACGCUCUCGGUGGACGUCUGGCACAUCCUGGAGUUCGACUACAGCCGCCUGCCCCGGCAGAGCAUCGGCCAGUUCCACGAGGGCGACACGUACGUGGUGAAGUGGAAGCACAUGGUGAGCACCGCAGUGGGGAAGAGGCAGAACCCGGAGCAGCUGCGGAGUACGGGUGCAGGGAAGGAGAAGUGUGCCUAUUUCUUCUGGCAGGGCCGUAACUCCACAGUGAGCGAGAAGGGCACAUCAGCGCUGAUGACUGUGGAGCUGGAUGAGGAGAGAGGGGCUCAGGUCCAGGUGCAGCAGGGAAAGGAACCCCCAUGUUUCCUGCAAUGCUUUAAUGGAGGCAUGAUUGUGCACUCAGGAAAGAGAGAGGAGGAAGAAGAGAAUGCUCAAAACGACUGGCGGCUGUACUGCGUGCGAGGGGAGGUCCCGGUGGAGGGCCACCUGCUGGAGGUGCCGUGUCACUGCAGCAGCCUGCGCUCCCGGGCGUCCAUGAUCGCCCUCAACGUGAACAAGGCCAUCAUUUACCUGUGGCAGGGCUGCAAGUCGCAGGCACACACCCGCAGCGUGGGCCGAACCGCAGCCAACAGGAUCAAAGAGCAGUGUCCCCUGGAGACAGGGUUACACAGCAGCAGCCGGGUCACCAUUCACGAGUGUGAUGAAGGAGCAGAGCCUGCGGGCUUCUGGGAAGCUCUGGGCAGAAGAGACCGGAAGGCCUACGACUGCAUGCUACAGGACCCAGGGAAAUUCAACUUCACACCACGGCUCUUUCAGUUGAGCAGCUCCUCGGGGGAGUUUGUUGCCACAGAGUUCUUCUACCCCUCCAGAGUGCCUGAGCUAGUCACCUCAUUGCCCUUCCUCCAGGAGGACCUGUACACCGCAUCCCAGCCAGCGCUGUUCCUGGUGGACAACCACCAUGAGGUCUACCUGUGGCAGGGCUGGUGGCCCCAGGACAGUGAGAGCACGGGCUCCGCCCGCAUUCGCUGGGAUGGAGACAGGAAGUGCGCCAUGGAGACAGUGCUACAGUACUGCCAAGAGAAAAAUGAGAAGAAGCCGCCAAAGUCGUACCUGAUCCACGCUGGCCUGGAGCCACUCACUUUCACCAACAUGUUCCCCAACUGGGAACACCGUGAGGACAUAGCAGAGAUCACAGAGAAGGAAGCGGAGGUGUGCAACCAGAUCAUCCUGGUGGAGGACGUGCUGGCCCGGCUGUGCAAGGCCACGUACCCGCUACCCGACCUGCUGGCCCGGCCGCUGCCUGAGGGCGUCGAUCCCCUUCGCCUGGAGAUCUACCUGUCUGAUGAGGACUUUGAGGGUGUAGGGGCUUCUGGGAAGAAGGCGCUGGAGAUGACGAGGGACGAGUAUGAGGCCCUCCCCGGGUGGAAGCAGGUGAACGUGAAGAAGGCCAAAGGACUGUUUUAGAGGAGGGAGCUCUGACCCGACGGCAGCAGCCGGUGUGCCGUGGGCCUGGACCUGCCACUGAGAUCACUUUAAACCCCCAAAUCCGCGCACAAACACACACACACACUCACACUCACACUCACACACACGCACACACACACACACACA